CAGACCACAUUGCUAAAACUGUCCGAUCCUGCAGAUUUGCUUUGUUCAACAUCAAGAAGAUCAAGGGUCUCAUGUAUCAACCUUGCGUACGCACAAAAACUUUGCGUACGCCAGCUUUCACGCUCACGGUCGGAUGUACUAACAGUGAAAUUAACGCAAGAAUGUGCGUUCCUCCAAGCCAAUUUCAUGUCUGGCGUACGUUCAUUUCUCAUUGUUUUUGUCCGUUGGCGACUCUUACAGGCAAUAAAGUGAAGUUGCAAACAUUACACAACAAAUUGUUCUACAAGUCUCGCACCACCACCUGUGGGAAGCAUUGCAAUUAAUUUGCAAUUUAUAAAAUAAUUGGCAUAUAUUGUCACACAAGCCUUAUUAUAAUUAUAUAAAUUAUGCAAUUAAAUAAGAACAUAUAAAAGCAUAACGGUUGAAACAACCCUUAGUCUAUGGCAAUGGCAGCGUUGGCCUUAUUAGAGGACAUUGCUAAUGGCAGAAUCAGAAGAGAACGAGUUUUUAGGGACCACAAUGAUUUUCUGGCCCAGGAUGAUGACUGGCUUAUCAGCCGUUUCAGAUUUCCAAGGGCUAUCCUCUUGGAGCUCUGUGCUGAGUUGGGUCCGAAUCUAGAGAGAGAGACAAUGAGGAGCCACGCAAUACCCGUUCCCUUGCGGGUGUUGACAACACUUGGUUUCCUGGCAACUGGUUCUUUCCAAAGGGAACUGGCAGACCGCUCAGGAAUAAGCCAGUCGUCUUUGAGCCAGGCAAUGCCAGCGGUAUGGGACGGGAUCAUCCGCAUGUCUACCAGGUAUAUCAGGUUCCCAUAUGAUGCAGUUGACCAGCCAAACAUUAAAAUGCAAUUUGCAGCGAUAGCCGGUUUUCCUAAUGUUAUCGGAGCGAUCAACUGCACACACAUUGCUAUAAAGGCGCCAUCUGAAGAAGAAUUUGCAUAUGUGAAUCGGAAACAUUUCCAUUCAAUAAAUGUGCAGAUAAUAUGUGAUGCACAAAUGCGCCUAACAAAUAUUGUGGCAAGGUGGCCUGGGUCAACCCAUGAUUCAUACAUCCUUACAAACAGCAUGGUUGGGAUAAGGCUCCAAGCUGGCAGGGUGCGUGAUGGGUGGCUUCUUGGAGACCGCGGUUAUCCACUAAAGACGUGGCUUUUAACCCCCCUCACCAACCCACAAACUGACCGAGAGCGCAGAUACAAUAAUGCCCAUUCUCGCACUCGUUCAGUUGUAGAGCGGGCGAUUGGGCAGCUGAAAUGUCGGUGGCGCUGCCUUGACAGGACUGGGGGGAUGUUGUUAUACCGCCCUGACAAGGUGUGCCGCAUUGUCGCGCAUAGGCAUGGCAUACCACUUGGUGAGGUGGCAGCACCGCCAGAUGACCCCGACCCAGGACCAAUUUAUGUGCAGCCCAACCAACAAGCCGUUCAUGCCCGCCAACAUGUGAUUGCGACAAUAUAAAUGCAUGUGUCAAGACGCGACCAGACGGACGGGCGUCAGCACUGGGGAGAGCACUGGAAACGCUGGGCACAGUGGGCGUUGGCUGCUCAGGAGGGGCGGACUCCGAGUGCCCCUCCUGGGAAGUGGAGGUUUCGGCUGUUGCGCCAUAUGGGUCUAAAUAAAAAGGCAAAUGUUAACUGUAAUUUAAGUACGUUCCAUUUUUAAGGGGCACACACAUUUGCAAUAAAUGAAAUGGAUCCGUAAAAUCUCUGGUGUAUACUUUUGGUUCGCUACACUGAAUGCAUUUGACAAUGAAAUAUAGGUACGCUAUAUGUACCAAAGUAAAAACAAAUGAGAAAUUGGUUACCUUCGUCGCAAUCCUGUAAAUCGGAGUCUCCCACAGCAGAAGAUACUACUACAGAGAGUAAAGUGUCACCCAUAAUUGAGGCAACUCUCUGCUCAAAGGGUGUAAGUUCAUCGACCCCUUUACCACUGCCUGUCCUGCCCACACUUUGUCGGUGCGCAGCAGUUCUCCGUUUAACGUCCACCUUUAUAUCAGACGAUUUCUUUUUAAGCUCAUUUACAGUGCGACUUUCAGAUCCCACUGCAUUGACGGCUUCAGCCAAACUCUCCCACUCAUAUUUUUUCCUUUUGUUAUUAAUUCCAGAGGACAACGUUCCAAAUAAAAUAUGUUUUCUAGUCUCUACCUCCGAUAGUAGCACCUCCAAUUCACUUUCCGUAAAGUUUCGUUUCUUGCCGCUUGCCUUAGCCAUUUUCUUACUGCUAUCUUUUGCCAAAGUGGACUCAUUACCAUAUUUAAAUUUAUUUAAUUAGGGGAGGAGACUGGGUGGGGCGUUGUGCUCGUGCAUGUGCGCUCAAUUUUACGUUAAUUGGGAUGUACAAAGAGAAUAUGCGUGGAAUCCUUCGUACGCAGAGAUUCAUACAUCUGUUUUUUUUUGUGCGUACGCACAUUUACAGCUUUGUCCGUACGCAAUGCUUUAGUAUGAAUUCAACGCAAGUCUUUGUACAUGAGGCCCCAAGCCCUUUCUUUCGGAACAUGCUGCACAACUCCUUGUUCAAGCUCUUGUU